AUGGAUGGCUUUCAUACAAGAUUCAGUGCUUGGACCCCUUUUAGUAACAAACCGUUAAAUAGAGAGCUCUUUCAGGAAAGAGUGGCCCUUGUAAGUCAUUGGUUUGACCUCUGGACGAAUAAGCAACGCCAAGAAUUCUUAUUCAGGAUUUUGUUACAAUGCACUAAAUCUCAACUGAGGUUUAUCCAGGACUUGUUUUCACAGAGGAUAACAAUAGCCACAGUGGAUUUCUCUACAGUGUUGCCACGCUUCAUCUCUCUCUAUAUUUUUUCCUUCCUGAAUCCAAAAGAUUUGUGUGCAGCUGCGCAAGUCAGCUGGCCCUGGAAGUUUCUAACUGAACAGGAUUGCUUAUGGAGACCCAAAUGCAUUAAGCUCGGAUGGUUUCUGCCCUACACACCAACGGGUAAUGAGUAUGGUGCUUGGAAGCACCAUUACAUUGCCUGUGUGGCCAGCUUAGACUGGCUAACUCCUCGGGAGGCUGCAGCUGUUUAUGGAACCCUCAACGAACCCAAGAGAGGAGAAGAGGAGCUGCAGGAACGAGAAAGAGAAAAAUGCUUAAGAAAAAUGCUUUGGGAGAAAAUUGUACUACAUAAAAAAGAGUUAUUCAAAGCUCGGCCCCCUUGGGUGAGUGGAACAUGCUGCUCCAGAUUCCUCAGAUCCAAAUGCCAACCACGUCUCUCCCAGACUGUGAGGGAUCGAGUGAGAUUACACGGAGCUUUGGAGGAACAGCUUGUUUUGGCUUCCUUGGACUCUUUGCCCAAGCGGGUCAUUGGUUCUAACUGGACAACAAUGAGUAAUAGUAGUAGCAGUAUCGUUAUUGAGAAUAUGGUGGUGAACAGCGUCAAGGUAGAUGUCAUUUCUGUGGUCUAUGAACACUGUGGCAUAACCCUGGAGAGCCUGCUUGCUCUGGUAGCAAAUGCGCUGGAUGGACAAAAGGCACAGAGCAUCGGGAUACUGAGUGAUGGAGAUAAUAGACAGAUCAACUUACUUCAAGGCUCUAAAAUCGGUAUUGAAAAUUUACUACAACCUGAAGUAAGAGACUUCUGGGAGAAAUUAGGAAGCUAUGUGGCCACAGAAGACGAAGGGGGUCACGUGGACCUCUUUGUACCACUUGCAGCAUCAGAGGAAGGAAUAGAUGUUCUUUCUCAAAUGUCUCAACUAACUGGCACAUUGUUUACUGCUCCUUCUGGAAUCGCAACUGGAUCCUACCAACACAUUCUUAGUGAUUGGCUGGGACAACAGGAGGAAAAAGCUCCACCUUCCAUCUACUUUAUUGAGUCAAAGCUACAGACCUGGUUGAGCUUCACAGACUUCCUAGAAGACACCUUGAAAUCUGUGCGGAGACAGUUACGUCCUCUCUUCAAGGAGCUGCAAAAGAACAUCAGUGGCAGGAUGAUAGGAGAGUUUAUGUUUGACACGAUGAGUAUGGUCAACAUCUUGAAUCACCAGGAAAUUGUGCAGGCUCUGGUUGAUGGAUUGAUGGAGCUGUCAGAAGAAAAUUCUGAAAGAAAUAAUUUGCAGGACACAAAGUCAAGUCUGAGGAAAGAUGACCUCCAUUUUGAGUUGCUGGUUAAGCUGGAGAGAAAGCUCCAGAUGGACUCAGCAGACACACGAACCAGAGUUGCCAGGGAACUCUUACAGAGUGAGAGGAAGUACGUCCAGAUGCUGGAAAUUGUGAGAGAUGUUUAUGUAACUCCACUGAAAGCAGCACUGUCAUCAAACAGAGCGAUCCUGAGUGCUGCAAAUAUCCAGAUUAUCUUCUCUGACAUUCUGCAGAUUUUAGAUCUCAAUAGACAAUUUCUAGAUAACCUGAGAGAAAGACUACAGCAAUGGGGUCCAGCGCAGUGUUUGGGAGAAAUAUUCACCAAGUUUGGAAGCCAGUUGAAUACAUACACCAAUUUUUUCAACAACUACUCUGUUGUUCUGAAAACUAUCCAGAAGUGCCGAGAAAUGACACCAGCAUUCCGAGCAUUCCUGAAGAGGCAUGAUAAGACUGUUAUUACCAAAAUGCUGAGCCUGCAGGAGCUGCUUUUGUACCCUUCUCAGCGAUUUGAAGAAUAUAUUAAUCUGCUCUAUGCUCUGAGGCUCCAUACUCCUGCAGAACAUGUUGACCGCGGGGACUUGACCAUUGCAAUCAACCGAAUGAAACAAUAUAAAGGUUAUAUAGAUCAGGUGAAGCAAAACAUCAGUGGGAAAGACCAAAUGUCAGACCUACAGAGAAUCAUCAAGGGAUGCCCUAUCCUAUCAGAAGUGAACAGAUAUCUGAUUAGAGUUCAAGACGUAGCUCAACUUCACUGCUCUGAUGAGGAAAUCAUUUUCUCUUUAAGACUCUACGAACAUGUCCAUGAUCUCAGCCUGUUCCUCUUCAGCGAUGUGCUACUGCUUUCCCGACGGAGCAUUUCUUAUAUUCCAUUUGAAAGGACAGCAAAAACCACCCACCAGUUCAUUGCCUCAGUGGCCCUGCAUAGACUACUUGUGGAAGAUAUUCCAGAUUCCAAAUAUAUCAAGAAUGCAUUUAUUCUUCAAGAUCCAAAACAUGAGUGGACUUGUGCAACGGAAACUGAAGAGGAGAAAUUCCUCUGGUUGUCAACACUCCAAAAUGCAAUCAAAAGCAGUCUAAAGAAGUGA